AGUUUGAGAUCAAACGAGUGAGAUAACAAAAUAUAUCUACGAUAUUUCUCAGCAAUGAAACGUGUUUAAUAAGCUCCAAUCGAAUCGUAUUCAGUAGCAAAUCAUUUACAAUGAAGUUCACUUUGUUAACAAUUUUCGGUUUCUAUUUGCUCAAUAGUUAUACUCUAGCAAGUGAGAGUAUUUUCAUAACCGACGACUUUAUCGAGGAACUCAAAAACGACAAAUCACUCUCCUGGACACCUGGCCGAGUUUUCGAUGAAAAACAGGAUUUUGCGAAUUAUUUCGGCAAAUCGCAAUGCUCCGAAGAGGAUAUUGAGAGUAUUCCGGUCUUGGAGGAUAGUAGAGAAGUGGAGGAGGAUUUGAAAAAGUUGCCGAAAUUUUUCGAUGCCCGUAAAAAAUGGAAAUACUGUCCAUCGAUCCGUCAAAUCAGGGACCAGGCGAAUUGCAAGGCCUACUGGGCUAUGAGUGUUGCUUCUGUACUAUCAGACAGAUAUUGUAUAGCAUCCAAAGGUAAAGUAAAACAGGAGCUGUCAGCCCAAAAUCUGUUGAGCUGUUGUGAGGAGUGCGGAAAUUGCCAGAAAGGAGGUUGCAUAUGCUCCUCAUGGAGGUACGCGGCCACCCAUGGUCUUGUGACGGGCGGAGGGUAUGCCAGCCACAAGGGAUGCUACCCUUACGAGUUCCGACCAUGCGGGGGUCCUCACCAGCCCUCAUGUUCCGAAGACCCCACACCAUCCAAAUGUGAGAGCCAUGCCUGCAAAAACCCUAACUACAAUGUACCCUUCAACAAGGAUCUUCACAAAGCCGAACUCUCCUACCGGCUUCCCAACUCAACACUGGCCAUCAAGAAAGAACUGCUCAGACACGGACCAAUCACAGCGCUCUUCAAGAUCUACAAAGAUUUCCUAACCUAUAAGAGGGGCAUCUACAGAAGAGGCGCCUGCAAGAAAGAGGUCGGGGAAACGACUGUGAAGAUCCUAGGUUGGGGCACCCAUAAAACGGUGGGCGAGUACUGGAUUUUAGCAAUGAUAUACCUCGAUGGUGACACAUACAAUUAUUAUUAGGUUCUAAUAAGUUGAAACUUCGACAUCCAUUUUCUCAAAUUUGACUUGUUCUCUCGCACGCCCUUUUUGCACAGAGCUUCUCAAUUUUAUUUAAUUGUUGAAUACUAUAUUUGUAUUCCUAUUUGUGAAUUUAUUGUCUAUUUAUUUAUUUAAUCAUAAAUAUUUAUUGUUGAUUAACAAUGCAAUAAACAAUUGAUAAAAGAUAA